AUGCCCCCGCACAUAAUGACGGCGAUAAUAGAGGAAUUGGAUUGGAACUCGAGGUGAGUCAAGAUAGCGAAAUAUUAUCGAUGCUGCGCCUUUAAAAAACUACCGUAAUUUUUACACUUUUGAGUCUAAAAUAAAGGCUACGCCGAGCCAGAACUGUUUUUUUAACAAGAACCACCUGCAGGUAGGUUCUUAUCCGCGACAGUUCUGCCUCGGAACUGUUGUUUUACAGAUUUUCAGUGCUGAUGCAAACGCGCUCUAUUGAGAACUCGCUUGCGCAUUGAAAGACGGGGGCGCCGUGUUUUGUACCGAAAAUUGAACAAUAUUUUUUCAGACGAUCCCUCCGCAACACGUGCCGAACGCUCCGAAGUGCGGUCAACUCGAUUCCGAUGAAAUUCGGCUACCUCCAAUUGCACUUUUCGUCGAAAUUCGCGGCGCUCGGCUUCGGAGAACAGUCUCAUCAGAUCGACCAUCGGAUCGGAUAUCAUCGGCUUCGAAGCGACAAGGUCUACGUGCGAAAAGGCGAAUUCGAAACGCUGAAAACGCACAGAGAUUGCUGGAAAAUGGCCAUUUGCGACGCGGCGAAAACCGUACUGAAAACGCCGAAAAUCUCGGUGGCCUCUCUGUUAAUUUCGUUUUCGAAACCGUCGAAACGAACAAAAUCCGUGUGGAAUUUUCAUAAAAUUCAAGAGAAAAAAGAUGAAAUCAAGUUUGGAUCGAAGAAAAACAAGACGAUGAAAACGAUAAAAAAUCGAUUUUUCGACCCGAAACGCCGUCUGAAAGUUCAAGAAUUGACAAUUGGAUGCCAGGGAAAUGAGCGAAGUUUAAUGGAGAUUUUGCCGUUUUUCGAGCCGGGAACUCUGAAAUCGAUUACCUUUUCGAAUGAAGAUGGAGAAGAAGAAGAAGAAGAAGAAGAAGAAGAGGACAAUAGUUUUCGUGUGAAGACGGUGAAAAUGAGCAGAAUAAUCGAGACGGAUCAGUGGAAAAUGCUCAAAAAGUUCCACGUGGCCGAUGGAUUCCAAGUGCAAAUUUCCAUCGAACAAUUGCUGCAUUUGGACGAUUUUGAAGCGACUUUGGCGGAGAUUUCAGUGCAGGAAGUGAAGAAACUCAUUCGGGUGAGCUUUUUACACGCACUUUUCAUGUUGGCUCCAAAUUUGUAUGACCGCUUCGGGUUUUUGCGAAAAUUGCGGCCUUCUCGAGCUCUGAUCCAAAUUUCUCGGUACCGGAUGAUCCGAUCGGUCUUUAACUUUGUCCCAAUAUACUUCCAGGAAGUCUGCAAAGUUUGGGCCCGAUCGGAUCAUUGAAAGUGGGUCAAAAGUCCAGGCCUCAAAAAGCCGGCCUUGUGCCCAGCCCUGGUUCAAAAUCAAUAGAAAAUGUCCACUUUUCGAACAUGGUUUUCAAUUCCCAUAUGUUUUCAGCACGCACUAAUCACCCCAUCAUUCAAUGAUUUCAAACUGCAAUGCCACAAUUUCGAUGCGAUCGAAGUGGACGAAAUGCUCGGAUCGAGUGCAUUUAUCUGCCGAAAUGAGCGAAAUUAUCGGGUUUACAAACGGAUCGGAUCGGAAAAUGGUGCUCUUUUGGUGCUCAUCGACCAUGAUUUCAUCGGAGUUUUCGGCGAUUACAACGUGUGGGAGGAGGACAGAAAGUUGGACAAAUUCGAGGCAUUCGACACGCCGCCAUUAUAA